GUGUUCUGGGAUCCCACCUGGGUGACGAGAUUGUGGUGCGUCUUCGAAAUAGCUGCCUUUCUACACAGCCGCACGAAAGGCCGCAAGGCAGUUCUGAAGAUUAUUCCUCCCUUACUUGGUCCAGCGCUCCUCGGCGGUGAGAUCUUAUUUUUCCUAGCAUGUAUUGCGUACGCUUACAGCGAAAUCGCUCUGGCAUCGUCGGAAGAUUCCAAGUUUUCGGCGGCAAUCCAUCUUGUUUUCUUUGGAGUCCUUGGCAUUCCAUGUUCAUUCUUCGUUUCGCACUCCCUUCGAGGGUAUGCACGCAGCGUUGAGACGCUGAAAGAGCAACUCUGCGAGUUCAAGGCUGCAGGCACGAGGAGUGCUUGCUGCGAACAAGGCCAUGAAGGUGAAGCUGUUGUUCUGUGUGAUCGUGAGAUUCUUCUCCAGUGCAUCGCCCAUUGGUAUGGCUCGGUUGACCAGUUUGAAUCACAAGUACAAUCUGAAGUGCGGACGGCCCUCGCCGAUCAGCUUGCAGACAAUGCGAUCUCUUACGAACGCAUCUUAUUGCUUUUCACACCCUAUGUCUGGCUCCGCUUUGAGUAUGCAGCCACCCACGCAAACGAUCCCAUCCGGCAGAUAGUCGAAGUCGCUCGUACGCUCACAUACUGGCUGGCGGUGUUUCCCUUCAUGAACAAGCUUCUUUUCCGCUUGUGCUACCGCUUUCGAGCCCAAUGUUGCAUGCCGUGCUGGGACGUUCUUCUUUCGAUGCUCAUCGUGGUUGCAACGUUCUUGUUCUACUUCAUCUGCUACACCAUCCAAGUCUAUGUCUUUCGGCAAAACGAGCAUGAGCUUGUGCCAAGCGUGAUCUCAGCGGUUUCAUGGCUGACGUUUACAGCCAUCAUGUGGCGAAUCACAUGA